UGCGGCCGUGAUGGUCAGUAAUCCUAGGGGAGGUGGACGGCCCGCCAAGCCUACACUAUUACGUUAAGAUGCAACAUGCGGCCCACCCCGCCCACGCUGCCGCCUCCGCGUCCCGGCGAGCCUUCGUGCGCCUGGGGUGGUGCUCGCUAAUGGUGCCUGAUGUAGGUAAUGUAAUGGAAACACCUGACCUGUGGUGCGUGACUAAUAGCUCUCUCUUCUUUCCUUCCAGUUACUUCAGCAGUCCAAACAACGGGUUCCUACGCCAUCCUUUAGGAGGCCUCGCCGGCUACAAGCACGGAUCCGCACCCUUCCUCGGGGGCGUUCCUACUCCACCCACCACGUCUUCCUCCGCUAAAGAUACUGACAAAAAGGUGGACCCAGUGCCAGUCACAUCGGCGGCAGGCCUCGGCCCGAUGCCUCCCCACCCCGGAGCGUCUCCGAUGUUCCCCGGCGCGGGCCUUCCAGGCUUCCCAGGGUUCCCUCUCGUGGACAUGUCCUCCACUCAGGUCCUUCUCAACAUGGUGCGCAACGCAUCAGCUGCGCAACAGUCACAGUUGGAAAACUACCUGCGUGGCGCUAUGAAGAGGCCAGCAGACGCCCCUACCUCCCCUCUUGAUCUCUCCGCGUCCGUCGCCACGAAGAGACCGAGGACAGAAACUUCUAAACCUUUCGACGUGAAGAGCCUGUUUAGUUUGCCGCACGAAGAGGAGAAGAAGGCAGAAGCCAAGGCGCUCACCAACAGGUCACCCACACCGCCUAAGCCUCGGCCUACGCCCUCGCCUGGCACGCACAAGCCGCCCACCCCGUGCUCCGACAAGAACUGCCCGAGUCUGGAGUCCAUCGGUCACUGGACAGUCGACGACGUCUGCUCUUUCGUCGGGAGCAUAGAGCUGUGCGCCGAAUAUGUUGAGGCGUUCCGUGAGCAGCGAAUCGACGGGUCUGCCCUACCGCUACUGACGGAGGAGCAUCUUACUUCUAGCAUCAACAUGAAGCUUGGUCCCGCUCUCAAGCUGCGUUCGGUGUUAGCACGACGCUUAGGUGCUUGCAAUGUGUGUCUUCACUGCGACCACUGCCACACGCAGAGUCAGGAGCGACGGCCGGCAUCAGCUUCGUCAGGGCAGUAGUCAAGCCCCUCCUGGCACGACACUGACGCCCACACUAAACCCCUAUGGGCAUCCCUACAUUGCCUCGAAGGUACCUAAGUAACGAUGGAACAGUGGGACAUUUGUGCCUUCUGACAUGUACACAAGCCGAAAGAAUCACCUCAGGACAUCACUGCGAGGCUAAAGAAAUUUCACCCUGCCCCCUCGCGACCCGGGGGGGAGGGUGGCAACUCCUAUUUGUAACGCGGCGUCUUCGACUGUUCCGGCGACAGCAAGUGACCGACGGAGGAUUCGGAACUGUACAUAAACCGAUCUUCAUAUAAAUGAAGUAAAACGAACAAAAGACUUGUGCUGAACCACCGGGCGAUAAGUGGAUUCUCAUUCAAGUAAACGAACUUUUUAAAGUGUUUAUGUAAUUGAAAACUUCCUCCGUAAUAUAAAAGAAAGUCACUUAAAGACUUUACCUUAGUUAAGUGCAGUCCAGUGAGGACAAAUAAUGAAGGUGCUCUUACCUGUAGAUGUUUACUGACAGACAAAUCAUAGUUGCUGUUGCUUAGUCGACCAAGGAGACGUUCCGUAGGUGCAUUUAAACGAGGCAUGCGCUUAAUAGGACCAUAUUCUGAAACAUAAUUUGACUGUGCCAUCUGCAAGGGACGAAAUAAACCAAGACAUUCCAUUCAAGUUGAGUAAACACAUGAUUAUUUUGUUAUUAUCCUCAUGCUUAUUGACGUACGAUGAGGCCAGAGACCACCAUACACCCAGCUCAAGAGAUGUUUCAGAAUGUGGCGCUGCUUAGUGCUUCCCGGCGCCGAAUGAUUAUCAUUCAUCGCCUUCAAAAGACAAAAAACUCGCUCAAGAUUUUCAAGUCAUAAUAAUUUUGAACUUUUGUUAUUUUUUCAUAUAGAUUGCCCAAUUUUUUUUGUUUUCGUUGUACAACCGUUCACACAAAAUGUACAUUGCAAGGAAUACCUCAACAGGUUAGUUGUUUUUUGCUGAUUAAAUGCAUUGCAACUUAUAUUUUUAGAAAUGCAAAAAGCUAAAGCUAACAAUGAAUGACACGUGCUGUAGAGUUUAGCUUGGAGCCCUCGGUAGCUUUGCAAGGGAGAAGAGAGUGGCUGGUCAGAGCUGUGACUAUCUGUGCAGACCACGCGUUUCCCUUACAAAACAAACCUGUGUUAACCCAAAGAUUAUUAAUAAGGCAAACUUUAGUCAUUUUGAUGGUAGAGGCAUAUAGAUGGUUCAGUAUUUAUUUGUGUAUGACUUUGUGCAGCCUGUGUUGUAAUUAAAAGGGUAGUCUGUAAAAUGUACAUAUUUUAUUGUUAAUUUUGUUUACAGCUUUCCCCGAAUUACAGAGGGAAAACUUUUGAGUCACCAGUUUUUUUUUCUUUAUUUUUUUGUUGAGUGUGUCAGCAAAUUGUUUCUUGUUUUCAUUGUAGUCACUCACCUCCAGCAAUCACUAACAAGGCCAUUCGUGGAUGAUAGUUACGUAAUCAAACCACUUGUGUAUUAUUUAGAAUCUAUCUGCAGUCCUGUAUAACAUCACAUUCUGUAUCGAGAGCUUUAAUUUCCUUCAGUGUUAUGCAUAUUCGAAAUUGUUUACAAAAAACUCAAGCAUCAUUUUCAAGCUACAGUUACAUUGAGUGUUGGCACAUUCCAUGCACCACCGCACCGUGACUGUACCGUGAUCACUGCCAUGUACCGACAUUUCCCACCUAUCGUCCAGCGUUUUGGUCGCCUCCGCUUCAUCAUUAUACUCUCAUUUCCCAUUGAUUAUCACUCACCUGUACGCUGCAUUCUAAGCCGCUGUCAUCCUCCAGUGUGUGUUUAUAGACCUGUUUUAUACGUUUUUGUACAUAGACAAAUUAUAAAUGGAAAUUCUGAAAUGAAUGAUGUUUUAUAUUCUAUUUUAGUGAACGAAUACCCGGUGGUUUGCUCGGGAAUAGCACUGGGUCUCUCGGUCAGUGGAACGGUAGCUCAUGUGGGACAACAAAGUACAUGCACAAACACAUGCAAGUACAAUUUAGCACAUGUACUGAAUCACUGACUCUCCCAGAGACUUGGAGGUUGCUAGACUGAGCAUACGAGGGGCUGCAGGGUCGGGUGCGAGCAAUAAAUAUAUAUAUAAUAAAUAAAAGGUUUUCGAGGUUUCAUGAAAACUACAAAGUGAAAAUUAUUUUGUUUGUUUAUAAUAUUAAUUUCUAUUGGGAUGGCUUGUAAUACACAACACACCAUAUUGUAAAUAUUAUAACACCACAAUAAAGAAAUGAA